ACCCCCGCAACGAUGGAAGCGACAAAGAAUGUUGCGAUGUGCGUCUUGCACGCACAGUCGAUAGAUGAGCUCGUCGUGCGGGCCACCGGGCCCAAGCUUGAAGUGCUUGUGGCUAUGGGACGCCAGUUAUGCCCACUGCUGGGCGCUGACGCUCGUUCUGGAUUUGAGCUCGGCGAGCCGCUGCGCCUCUACCAAACUUCACCGACAGCUGGUGGAGAGCGGCAGCUUUUUGACACCGGCGAUUUCAACAUCGAUACAUGCGUGUGGGAUUCAUGGAGUGCCUCGGUCUAUUUUAAGUCAGGCUACGCAAUCUUCCGGCUCGUGGGCGACGAGGUGACCCUCGUCGCUGGAGACCCGAACGAGCGCGGGCAUCGGGAUGGUCCCGGGCCCGCCGCUCGGUUCCUCCCCAUGGGAGUUUACAUUGCGCAGCUGGCCUCUGACGGCGCGGGCAGUAUCAUCUUUGCGGAGGGGCAGCGCUACGUGCGUCGCAUCCAGCUGCCAACGGCGUGGCGCGCCGCUGCGCCACCGCCCACGGCCGCGGCUGGCGACAACAUCAGCAGCGGCGCUGCCGCCGGCGAGGCCGUUGCUGCGGAUGCCGUUGCACAGGUCGACACGCUGCCCUACCGCGCACCAGCGCUCGUGCACAGCGCCGUGUGCCUGCUGCCGCCGCAGCAGUCGUCAGCUGCUACUGCUGCUACUGCUGCAGCUGAUGCUGGCGCCGCAGCUGACAGUGCUGUGACCGGCGCUGCUACUGCCGCGGCGUGCGCGAGCGGCUGGCUGGUACUGGGCACGCAGACCGCCCUCUACCGCGUGCCGCUACCGCUGCCCGCUGCCGCUGCGCCUGCACCGCCGCCUGCACCGCCUGCACCAGCAGCCGCGGCUCCUGCGGCGCCGGCCGCCGGCCGCGCAAGGGCGGCUGGUGCACGGGCAGCGGCGUGGGGGGCGCCUGGCGCCGGGGCGGCAGUGGCAGCGGCAGCAGCCGCAGCGGCACUUCCGCAGCAGCAGCAGCAGCAGCAGCUGCCGCUACCACUGCUUUCAGGAAGCGACGGUGCGGCUGGAAGCAUGGACGGCCGGGGCCCAGACGCGCGAUUCUGUUGCUUUCAUGGCAUUACGGCCGACGCCGCCGGCCGCAUCUACCUGGCGGACGCGGUGCAGCACGGCACCAUGUCGCGUCGGCUGCGACGCGUUUCGCCUGACGGCACCGUCGAGACGCUGGUGGCGAUUCCGGCGGUCUGCUGGUUCCCCACCAUCCUGCCCAACGGCUACCUAGCCAUGGGCUCCAACAACCAGCUCAAGCUCUUGGACCUGGGGCUGCAGCCGCUACUGCCGCAGCUACUGCCGGCGCCAGCUUCAGCAGCAGCAGCAGCAGCAGCAGCAGCAGCCGGGCCGCCGCCGCGCAGCCUGCCCGCAGACCUGGGUGCGCUGCUGGAGGACGCGCAGCAGCCCGGCGGCGGCGGGACUGCAGACCUCACGCUUCGUGUGGGCGAGCGGCGCUUCCACUGCCACCGUGCCAUCCUGUCCGCGCGCUGCGACUACUUCAAGCAGCGCCUGGCGGCGAGCGGCGGCUUCGCGGACGCGCGCGCGGCGGAGCUGGAGCUGCCGGACGCGGACGCCGACACCUUCGCGCUGCUGCUGCGAUGGCUGUACACGGGCGACACGGACGUUCCGCUGGAGCAGGCGCGCGGUGUGGCUGAGCUGGCGGACCGGCUGCUGCUGCCUGAGCUUUGCGCCCGUGCAUUGGACGUGGUGGCGGCAUCCGUGGACGCGGCGGCCAUCGUGGACAGCCUGCUGUGGGCCGCGGGCUGCUGCGAGGCGCGUGGCGGCGGCGGCGGCUUUGGCGGCCUGCUGGCGCGGCUGAAGGAGUGGUACGUGUCGCACCACAAGGCCGUGGCGGCGGAGGCGGGAGUCAGUCGCGCCAGGCUGGCUGCGGAGGCGCCGCUGCUGAUGGUGGAGCUGAUGGACGCCGUGCUGAGUCAGCCGGACGGGGGAGACCGGAAGCGGCAGCGCGCGUAGGUGGGUCAGGUGAGGCGGCUUGAUAGUUUCUAGAUAGUGGCGAGAGCGUUGCAGUGUUAUAGGUCAUGAUGGGGAUGGGAUGCUGGUGGUGGUCGUGGUGGCGGCGGGUGGGUGCUACCCGGGUGUGCCGUACUGCGCGGAUGUGUGUGUUUCAGCGUUGGCAGGGUGCCACAUGCUGCCAUGUUAUGUCAUGCGUGCUGUGGAUGUUAGGAAUGCAGCGGUGAAUGUACACCUAGCCAAAGGGGUUCUGGGCUUUGGUUCUGGGCUUUGGCGAAGUAGACAUUAUGAAGCACAGCUUGCAGGCAGCUGGAAGAGGCCAGUAGGAACUCGAGGGGGCUGGCGCUACUUGUGUCGGCGGGCAUCUUCGGAGCUACUUUAAUGGAUUCUGGAAGGAACUGUUGCAGGUUCUUACUGCAUAGGUGCGUACGCAUGUGCUUAAGAGUAUUGAAUUGGAGAUUGGGAUGUGACGAACAGCAGGCUUCAGUCUGCCACACCGUGGUGCAUACAAUGACUCGGGCUGUACUUUCUCACGAUUGCAAUACACGAUAUGGCCGUCUAUGUGUGUGUGUCCGUGUGUGGGGUUUGGGGCGGGGCGGGGAGAGCUUUGCGUGGGGCUCUACUUCACACGUGCGUUGACCCGGUGUCACUCGGUGCGUGCGCAUGACGCUGGGUCAACCCUGGCUUGUGUAAGCGGUCAGGAAG